UAGGAUUGAAGUGAGGGAAGGCCUUACAAAGUCACCAGUCUCAUUCUCUCCUGGAAAGAUCAGGAAGAUAGAGGUGACCUUGAUGCAGAGGGUGACCCUGGCCUAAUUAAAACUAAGGUCCUUCUGGAUCUCAGCUUAUUUUACCUAAGGAGAAGGAGGGGGUGAAAAGAAAGCAAGUCUAGACCUCUUCCUGAUGGGAUUGUGCUUUUGGAGAAGGAAGGACAAACAAUCCGAGGAGGAGGAGCUGCAGCUGGCCAGGUCCCUCCCACCUUCCUCCUUCCCUUUUUUCUCCUCCUGCCCUGAGAGUUUUUGCACCCUUGUGGGUGAUCAGAUUUCCACCUGGAGUUAAGAACAAAAGGAUCUUUUCCCAUGAUUGUCUAAACCUCUGAGAUCAUCUUAUCUGCUCUGCCCAAUUAUCCUGUUUUUUUCAUCUCCUGCUGAGUAACACUUCUCUCUUAAGGAGGAAAUCUGCAGGAUUUAUUGCCCACAUUAUGCUUGGAGCCUGGUAUAAACUCGGUCUUUUCCUCUUGUGUUAUCAAAUUAUCUCCUUGGAAGGCCAUCCUGAAGGCCAUUAUGUCGCCGCCGUCUAUGAGCACCGGUCAAUACUGACUCCGAACCCUAAAGUCCUCACUGAUCGAGAGUCAGCUCUGAGACUCAUGAACCAGAAUCUAGAUCUGUAUGAAGAACAAGUAAUGGCCGCCGCAAAGGAGGGCGUGCAGAUUAUUGUAUUUCCAGAAGAUGGGAUUCAUGGAUUCAACUUCACCCGAGAUUCCCUUUACCCAUUUCUGGACUUUCUUCCAUCUCUCCAGUCUGAGGAAUGGAAUCCAUGCCUGGAACCAUAUAAGUUCAAUGACACGGAGGUCCUCCAGCGGUUGAGUUGUAUGGCCAUCAUGGGGCAAAUGUACUUGGUGGCUAAUCUGGGAACCAAGCAGCCUUGUAACAGUAGUGAUGCACAUUGCCCAGCUGAUGGACGGUAUCAGUUCAAUACUAAUGUCGUGUUCAGUGAUAACGGCACCUUUGUCACCAGCUAUCGCAAGCAAAACCUCUAUUUUGAAUAUGCUUUUGAUACUCCUCCUGAAGUUGAUUACAGCACCUUUGAUACACCUUUUGCUGAAAAGUUUGGCAUUUUUAUUUGCUUCGAUAUACUGUUCUUCGAACCAGCCGUGAGGCUCGUGAAGGACUAUGGAGUCAAACAUAUUGUGUUUACAGCUGCAUGGAUGAACCAGCUCCCGCUCCUGGCCAGUAUUGAGAUCCAACAGGCUUUUGCAGUUGCUUUCAACGUCAAUGUUCUGGCAGUAAAUAACCACCACCCAUCCUUGGGCAUGACGGGCAGUGGCAUUCAUAGCCCGCGGAGGUCCUUUUGGUACCAUAACAUGGAGAGUCCAGAAGGCAAACUCAUCAUAGCCCAGAUAUCCGACCCCCCCGCAGACGCAGACCUUCUGUGGAAUGACACGAGCAGUACUACAGAGUCCUACAGAGAAUUCUUCUCCAAAGAGCCUAGCUGUGAGGAGAAUGACAUAGAUGCUCCCUGUAACAAAGGAUGGAGCCACGAGACGGUGCCUUCCUUCCACUCUACAAUGAUGUAUGACAAUUUCACUCUGGUACCUGCUUGGGAAGAGCAAGGCAGCCUCCAAGUCUGUUCCAAUUCCCUCUGUUGUUAUGUGGAUUACCAGAGGCACGUCUUAUCGGACGAUUUUUACGCUCUUGGGGUCUUUGAUGAUCUUCACACAGUACAUGGCACUUACUAUGUUCAAGCAUGUGCUCUGGUGAAAUGUGGCGGCCCCCAAUUUGAGACCUGUGGACACGAGAUAACAAAUGCUACUGAUACUUUUGACUUUCACCUCUGGGGAAAUUUCAGUACCUCCUAUGUGUUUCCUAUAUUACUGACUUCUGGAAUGACACUGGAAAUCCCGGGCCAAGUGGGCUGGGAAGGCAGCCAUUACUUCAUGAGGAAAAAUCAGUUGUCUGAAGGGUUACUUACAGCUGCUUUGUAUGGACGCUGGUAUGAGAGGGAUUAGUACAACCAACUAGUCCAUGGGAUGAAUACAUUGGGAUAAGUCAUAUUCAAAAGCAAAAAUCAUCUUCAUUGUUUAGGGCUCUGGGUGGACAGAAGGACAUCAGCUGAGUCCAAGGAUGCUGUUAAUAAUGUAAAAGAAAGGGAUACUUGCUUCCAAAGGCAGACAUUUUGGCACUAUGGAAAGAAGUAACAUCAUGGGUAGAUCUUUGUUCCAUUUCUUUUAAACAUGAAUUCCAGAGACAGUUUCAAGUAAUCUGUGAUCAUUUUUUAACGUCCUUUAGAAACUACUAGUCAUUUAAAGCCAUAAGACCUGUCGUACAAAUGGAAUUUGUUUAAAUGGGCACUGUCUCCAGAAAAACUGGAAUUUUCAGUUUAUUCCCUUUCCUAAUGACUUAUAAAUUAAAAACAGGGACCUCAGACAACUGCAUGGAAAAAAAAAUGUUUCAGAAAAACAGUGCCAGAUGGUAGGUGGAAGGAAGAUGAUAGAAGCAUUCAAAAACAAUAAAUUGGCAUUUAAAAAAAA